CUUCACUCUUUCUAACAGUUACUAAACCCAUCAUUGUUCUGCUCUUGUAGCACUUUAUCAGUUGUCAUCACUCUCUUGCACACUCACCUACGAAACCGUUUCAAGUUUCACCUCCCUGUCGCAUUCCCACUCUCUUCCUAUGAAUGAAUGAUUGCUAUGGAAGGGAACCCAUAAAGCUCUCUUCUUUUUCGCAAGAACAAAAUGUCAAGGUUACCAAGAACUCUGCUUUAUCUGGUUUUUGUAGUAAUAUUGCUAUCAGGGUCAUUUCCAGUGGGAGAAUCAGCUAUAGGAGUUAAUUGGGGGACAAUUUCAUUUCACAGGGUGAAGCCUUCGAUAGUGGUGGAUCUGUUGAAAGACAACAAGAUAAAGAAAGUGAAGUUGUUUGAUGCAGAUCCAGAUGCGCUAACUGCUUUAGUGGGGAGUGGGAUUGAAGUCAUGGUUGGGAUUCCUAAUGAGAUGUUGGCUGCUCUUAGCUCUUCAACUGAUGCUUCUGAUUUGUGGGUUAGGCAGAAUGUUUCUAGAUAUGUUGUUAAAGGUGGUGCUGAUAUCAGGUAUGUUGCAGUGGGAAACGAGCCAUUCCUCACAAGUUACUCAGGUCAAUUUCAAUCUUUUGUUGUCCCUGCUCUGCUCAAUCUACAACAGUCUUUGGUCAAAUCAAAUCUUGCUGGCUAUGUAAAGCUAGUUGUCCCUUGCAACGCUGAUGCUUAUGAGUCUUCUCUUCCUUCUCAAGGGGCAUUCCGACCUGAACUAACUCAAAUUAUGACUCAACUUGUGUCCUUCCUCAACUCAAAUGGCUCACCUUUUGUUGUAAAUAUCUACCCAUUUCUUAGCUUGUAUGGGAACUCAGAUUUUCCACAAGAUUAUGCGUUCUUUGAGGGGAGUACCCAUCCUGUUACAGAUGGGUCUAAUGUUUACUACAAUGCUUUUGAUGGGAAUUUCGACACUUUAGUUUCAGCACUCAACAAACUUGGAUAUGGUCAGAUGCCCAUAGUUAUCGGGGAGGUGGGCUGGCCAACUGAUGGAGCCUUUGGUGCAAACCUCAGUGCAGCAAGGUUUUUCAACCAGGGGCUCAUAAAUCAUGUCUUGAGUAACAAAGGAACCCCUCUGAGACCACGUGUCCCUCCCGUGGAUAUUUAUCUUUUCAGCCUACUUGAUGAAGGAGCAAAGAGUGUACUUCCUGGAAACUUUGAAAGACAUUGGGGGAUUUUCUCAUUUGAUGGCCAGGCUAAAUAUGCACUGAACCUUGGUUUGGGUAACAGGUUACUAAAGAAUGCGAAGAACGUUGAGUAUCUCCCAUCAAGGUGGUGUGUGGCAGACCCCUCUAAAGAUCUGACAAACGUGGCCAACCACAUGAGAAUUGCCUGCAGUGUUGCAGAUUGCACAACACUUGAUUAUGGUGGAUCGUGCAAUGGAAUUGGGGCAAAGGGAAAUAUCUCUUAUGCAUUCAACAGUUACUAUCAGCUCCAGAUGCAAAAUGCACAAAGCUGUGAUUUCGAUGGGCUUGGGAUGGUGACAUUUCUAGACCCAUCAGUUGGUGAUUGCAGGUUUCUUGUUGGAGUGACUGAUCAUAAGAAAUCAAUAGCUUUCAGACCAACUCAUAGGAGGACCACCAUUUGGACUUAUAUCCUGUGGUGGGUGUGGUUCUUUCUAAUGUUGUAAGAAGUUUCUUUACAUGGGUUUUUCUCAGUCCCCUGUCAGAAACUUCUAGUAUUGGUAGAUACAUUUGGACAUAGACAAAAUAAAAAAAAUACUAGUUAUUUAGAUAUAUUCAAAAUGAUUGCAGGUUGUUGUUGUAUGUAACAGUAUAUCAAGUAGGAAACAGAGUAGACUCAUAUGUAUCGGAUAUUUAUCCGAUCUUGAAAUUAUAUGACCUUAUUUCUCUA